AUGGGGGAGAACCCACCACCACCAGAAAGACUAUUGGGUGACUACGGGGGCGCAAAUGCACGAACCGGAAGAUUAACAAUUGUCAACCAACCGGUGAAUGUGGCUAAUUUUCAGCUACAUCCAACCUCGAGUUCUCAAGCACAAGGUGCCCUACCAAGUGCAACUGUGAAAAAUCCUAGAGAGCAUAAUAAUGUUAGUGUUGUGACAACGAGAAGUGGUAAAUCUCAUGAAGUCCUUAAGGAGAAAGCUGAAGAUGAAGAUCAAUUGCUUGAAGUAGAUCUUGAGAUCAAGGAAAAUGAAGUUGUGAGGGAAGAAUUGGUUGCACCUAAGCAAGUGGUAAAAGAAAAAGUCAUUGAACCAAAACCGGUCAUUAAGCUUCCCUUUCCCACCAGAAAUAAGAAAAAGGGGCUACAUGAGAAAAACUUUGAGAAAUUGCUAGAGUUGUUCAAGAAGCUAGAAAUCAACAUUCCGCUUUUGGAAGCACUUGAACAAAUGCCUACCUAUACCAAGUUCAUGAAGGACUUCAUUUCUAAGAGGCGAACCAUUGACACCAACCCUAUUAUUCUAACCGAAACUUGUAGUGUUAUUUUGCAGGGUAUGAAAAUUCCAAUGAAGAAGAAGGAUCGAGGAGUUGUCACUAUCCCUUGCACCAUCGGAGAUAGGUCAUUCAAAAAAGCUCUUAUUGAUUUAGAAGCCAGUGUAAGUCUCAUGUCAUUAUCCAUUUACAAGAAACUGGGUAUAGGGGUUAGGCAAGAUACCAGGAUGACACUUCAAUUCGCCGAUCAUUCGGUUAAGAAACCUUAUGGGAUAGUUGAAAAUGUUCUAGUGAAGAUUGAAAAGUUUGUAUUCCCGGUGGAUUUCGUGAUUCUAGAAAUGCCUGAGGAUGAAGAGAUCCCUCUCAUUCUUGGGAGACCCUUUUUAGAUACUGGAAGAUGUUUGAUCAACAUAGAGGAAGGUACUAUGACUUUGAAGGUUUAUGACGAGGAAUUAAAAAAUGAUGUUCAAAACACCAUGAAAUACAAAUAUGAUAUUGGAACUAGUCAUACCAUAGAGGUUCUAGAUCAAGUGAUUGCUUAUGAUAGUCCUUUGAAUGCACCGCGAUUACCUUUGGAAAUAGUGUUGAGCUUGUUCAUUUUUUACGGUGAUAAAGAAGUAGACAGCAGAGAAUCAGAAGUGCUAGCCAUGAUGAACGCACAACCCCCUUGA